ACAUGAUCCAGAACCAAAAUGGCUGCUGUUGUAUUUUGACGUGUAAUAGCAGGCACUUUUCUUUUUGUUUCAUUCAUGAGAUAAAAACCUGCAAACGACAGGUUUAUCGGCUCGACCUAUCCUCGCCGACCGUCACACAUCUACGUCGCGGUUUUAACCCCACCGACAAUCAAGACUGACAUAUAUCGGCUGCUGUGGAUCGACUAUGCAUGUUUAGUUGAAAUAUAAAGCUAACUUGGACGCGAUGGAGGAAUUAAGCGCAGACGAGAUCCGCAGAAGGAGACUGGCUCGGCUAGCUGGGGGCCAGACCUCACAACCAGGCACCCCCCUCAGUACACCUCUAACAUCCCCACAGAGAGAGACCCCUCCUGGACCCAUACCCGGACCCUCAAGUGCCACUUCCCAAUCCCUACCACCAGCUGCCUCUCAAUCCUUGGGGCUUAAUGUUCACAGUGGUACUCCUGCCACUUCCCCAAUGGGCACCUCUGGAGUGGUGUAUGGCAGUCAAAGCAGCGAAGGUGUGAGCUCGCUGUCCAGCUCGCCUUCAAACAGCCUUGAAACUCAGUCUCAGAGUUUGUCCCGAUCACAAAGCAUGGACAUUGACACUGCCUCAUGUGAAAAGAGCAUGUCCCAGGUGGAUGUGGACUCAGGGAUAGAAAACAUGGAGGUUGAGGAGAGCGACCGCCGGGAGAAGAGGAACUUGACUGAGAAGGAAUCCUCCACCAACUCUGAUGUCUCUGAAGAGCAGGCUCUGCAGCUUAUUUGUAAGAUCCUCCGCGUAUCGUGGAAGGACCAGGAUCGAGAUGUCAUUUUUCUCCCCUCACUGGCUACAGAGUUUCACCAGAAUCCAAAGGAUGUAUACUCUGACUUCAAAGACCUGAUCGGCCAGAUCCUGAUGGAAGUCCUGUUGUCCACCCAGUCACGUGUCCACAACCCUUUUGCCAGUUUGACGGCCACUUCUCAACCAAUUACCGCAGCCAAAGCUCCUGAACACCGCUUGACACUGGUGCAGCCCCCCAGUCAAAGUGGCAGUCCCAUGGGCCCUGGUGCAGGGUCUUUUGGUGCCAGCUCUCUGUCAAGUCUGUAUGGCUGUGGUAGCCCUCACCCAAUGACUAUGGAUGUAGCCAAGACAACCACACCUUCACUUUCUUCCUCCUCUACUUCCUCUUCUCACUCGACGCCACAGUUCAUUGUUGCUCCCAGCCCCUCCACUCCUUCCACUUCAAGACACACUCUUCACAGUCCAUCAGCUCCGAUGCCCAUCUCCCAUCACUAUCGGCCCUACCCAGUCACUUCUCACUGGGGGGCCGCCUUGCCAUCUAGUCCAAGCCCCAGAGCGUUAAGUUUCUUCGGACCACCUCCUAGUCCUUCAGGACCUUCUGCACCUCCGAACACCCCGGUUCCCAUGCCACCGCCAAGCCCCCAGUUCCAUCCCAUAAGUCCAACCGCAGCUCGCCCGAUACCCUCCUCCACACUACCUCAAAUGGUACCCCCUUCUCCCAGAACAAGUGCCAGACAGGCAGCCUUUGCCUCCAGGAUGCCUCCAUCUAGUUCCCUGUCGCUCCUGUUGUUCGCCCUCUCUGACAUGUCUCAGGAUAGCAGUGAUGAAGAUCCUCAGGAAGAGGAGGAGGAGGAGGAUUUUUCACAUGUUCAGUUUGGUUCGAGUCUCGGUGCGUGUGGAGGGGGAAUGUCCAGUGAUUCAACCAGCGACCGCUUCACUAUUGAGACUUGCAAAGAAACCGAGAUGCUGAACUACCUCAUCGAACGCUUUGACAGUGUUGGCAUGGAGGAAAGAAAAGCCCCCAAGAUGUGUAGCCAACCUAAUGUGAGCCAGCUUCUCAGCAACAUCCGCUCUCAGUGUAUUUUCCAUGUUGCCCUGGUUUUGCAAGGUGCCCUGACCCAACCUCGAAGCCCCCUUCAGCAGUCCCUUCUGGUUCCUUAUAUGCUCUGUCGGAAUCUUCCGUAUGGCUUUAUUCAGGAGCUGGUGCGCAUCACCCACCAAGAGGAAGAGGUUUUUCGACAGAUCUUCAUUCCUAUCCUCCAAGGGCUGGCUCUGGCAGUGAAAGAAUGUUCCUUCGACAGUGAUAAUUUUAAAUUUCCUCUCAUGGCAUUAGCUGAACUUUGCGAGAUCAAAUUUGGAAAAACUCAUCCAGUGUGCAGUUUGGUGACGUCAAUCCCUCUGUGGUGUCCGAAACCUCUGAGUCCUGGCUGUGGCAGGGAGAUCCAGAGACUUUCAUAUCUGGGAGCUUUCUUCAGCCUUUCUGUCUUUGCUGAGGAUGAUACGAAAGUCGGUGACAAGUAUUUUUCCGGCCCUGCCAUUACGAUGGAGAACACAAGAGUGGUCAGUCAAUCUCUGCAACACUACCUGGAGUCUGCACGAGGUGAUUUGUUUAAGAUCCUUCACAACAUCCUUCUCAAUGGAGAGACGCGUGAUUUAGCCCUCAAUUACAUGGCAGCUUUAGUUAACUACAAUGUGAAAAAAGCCCAGUUGCAGACAGAUGAUAAGCUGGUGUCUACAGACGGCUUUAUGCUCAACUUCUUAUGGGUGCUGCAACAACUGAGCAUGAAGAUCAAGCUGGAGACUGUUGAUCCCUACUACAUUUUCCAUCCUCGUUGUCGCCUUGCCCUCAGUCAUGAGGAGACACGUUUGAAAGCCACAAUGGAGGAACUGAAGACCUGGUUGACUGAGCUGAACGAAGACCCGAGCAGGUUCUCAGAGCCCAAGUUCCCCACAGAGUGUUUCUUCUUCACACUGCACACACACCAUUUGUCCAUUCUGCCGGGCUGCAGGCGUUACAUCCGCAGGUUACGGGCCAUUCGUGAGCUCAACAGGACCGUAGAGGAGCUGAAAAACAGUGAAGGCCAAUGGAAAGAUUCUCCACUUGCCAGUAGACACAGGGAGAUGCUCAAGCGAUGCAAAACUCAGCUUAAGAAACUUGUGCGAGCCAAAGCUUGUGCUGACGUUGGCCUUCUGGACGAGAACCUGCUCCGCAGAUGUCUGCAGUUCUACAGCACUGUCAUUCAGCUUAUCCUUCGCAUGGUGGACCCAGCAUACCCAAACAUCACACUGCCCCUGAACCCAGAGAUUCCUAAAAGCUUUGCUGCUCUGCCUGAGUUCUAUAUCGAAGAUGUGGCUGAAUUUUUGCUGUUUGUUGUGCAGUAUGCCCCCCAGGUCCUAUAUGAGCCUUGUGUUCAAGACAUUGUCACUUUUCUGGUGGUCUUCAUCUGCAGUCAGAACUACAUCAGGAACCCCUACCUUAUCGCCAAGUUGGUAGAAGUGCUUUUUGUCACUAACCCGGCUGUACAGCCUCGCACGCAGAGAUUCUCUGAGAUGAUGGAGAACCAUCCGUUGUCCAUCAAACAGCUUGUGCCCGCCCUGAUGAAAUUCUACACAGAUGUUGAACAUACCGGUGCCACUAGUGAGUUUUAUGAUAAGUUCACCAUACGGUACCACAUCAGCACCAUCUUCAAGAGUCUCUGGCAGAACAUUGCUCACCAUGGAACAUUCAUGGAAGAGUUCAACUCUGGCAAACAGUUUGUGCGCUACAUCAACAUGCUGAUCAACGACACCACCUUUUUGUUGGACGAGAGCCUUGAAUCCCUGAAGCGUAUACAUGAAGUUCAAGAAGAAAUGAGAAACAAAGAGCAGUGGGACCAGCUUCCGAGGGAUCAACAACAGAGCCGCCAAUCUCAGCUGACUCAGGAUGAGCGAGUCUCUCGCUCCUAUUUGGCCUUGGCCACCGAGACAGUGGAAAUGUUCCACAUCCUCACCAAGCAGGUCCAGAAGCCUUUCCUCAGGCCGGAGCUGGGUCCCCGUUUGGCUGCCAUGCUGAACUUCAACCUCCAGCAGCUCUGUGGGCCCAAGUGUCGAGACCUGAAGGUGGAGAACCCCGAGAAGUACGGUUUUGAGCCAAAAAAGCUUUUAGACCAGUUAACCGACAUCUACCUGCAGCUCGACUGCGCCCGCUUCGCAAAAGCGAUUGCGGACGAUCAGCGGUCGUACAGCCGAGAGCUCUUUGAAGAGGUAAUAUCAAAGAUGAGGAAAGCCGGAAUCAAAUCCUCCAUAGCCAUCGAAAAAUUCAAGCUGCUAUCUGAGAAGGUGGAAGAAAUAGUCGCCAAGAACUCCCAGUCUGAAAUGGACUACAGCGAUGCACCUGAUGAGUUCAAAGACCCACUGAUGGACACUCUGAUGACUGACCCUGUGAUGCUGCCUUCGGGGAACAUCAUGGAUCGAUCCAUCAUCCUGCGCCACCUGCUCAACUCCCCCACGGACCCCUUCAACAGGCAGCCGCUUACAGAGAGCAUGUUGGAGUCAGUUCCUGAGCUGAAGGAGAGGAUCCAUGCUUGGAUGAGGGAAAAACAAGGUGGACGACUCUAAGAGCCUCAAGUCACCAUGUCUGGCCUACUAAUCAUCAUGAGAAGGACCUGGUCAUAAUGUCCUGAAUUGAGUGUCACUGCUCCCAACGACUCAACACAAAACAUUUUGAAUUUGAAAAAGAUCUGAUUUUAUUUUAUUUUUUUCAUCUAUUAUCCCCUUACUCCGAGACCUUUUACCCUCAUUCUAAAAAGAAAAUAAAGUCAUAAGUUGAGUUUUUUUUCCCCCUGAGAACUUUGUGUAUAUGCGUAUGUCAAAAUGUUAACAUAUAUUUAAUAAGUUAGAUAUUUGGUUACCAUGCUGCACCAAGUUCACCAGCAAGAUGCAUACACUUGUGAUUGAUCUUUUUGCGUUGUUUUUUAAUGGUUAUGUUGGCUUUGUUUCUCGUGUCUUAGGGCAUCAUUUGGGAGUAUCUGCCUGGUUUUUGCUAAAGCAAUUCGGCAAGCCAAGUCGGCAUGAUAAGUGCAUACAACUAAUAUCAGCUAAUCCUAAGACCUUUUGAGUAGUGAAUGUGACUAAACAGAUGAUAAAUAACGUCCUGUCACAUAUUGUCAUUGGAUUAAUGUGGUUCAAAUCAAGUCACCAGUCAAACAGAGGAAGACGCAAAGCUUACCUGAGAAUGUAACAUGGCCCACAGUAAUGCUAUCUAGUCAUGACAUCAUCCAACAUGGAAGUGGUCUCCUUCAAGUCACACUGUAGCUAACUUCGCUCUUGCUGAACUGGACUGUACAUGACAUUGUUUCUUCUUACGACAUUACUGUUUUUAAAAGCUAGGAUUUUAAGCUGAAUAAAAGAUGAUAAACAUUACA